AUGGGGUCGGCUUCAAUUGACGACAAUGAAGCAGGUCUAGCCCAAGUCGACGUCGGUCCAGAACCUGCGGAAACGAUCAUUUCUCCGGAACAAGUAGAUCCAGUUGAGGCCCAAGGCUUCGAAUCACAAAUGCCCGUCUCCGAAUCAGGUCCAAAUGCUGCAAUUUCAUUGGUGACGUUUUCUGCCGGAGCAGCCAUUCUUGCGGGUCUGUAA